AUGUUAUCACGAGUUUUAUUAUGGAAUAGGGUUUCUUGCUCUUUGUCUUUUAUACCUAUGAGAGCUCCUAUAAAAAAAAAAAAUAUACAAGAGAAAAAAAAAAAAGAUACUGAUGAAAAAGAUAAAAUAUGUGAGACAAGAUAUUUACCAUACAUUCCUCCUGCAUAUGUUAUUGAUACUGUAUCUUUCUUUAAAGAUAAAAACAAAUUAGAUAAUUUAUUAUCCUUAAUUUUUAGUCCCAAAAAUCCAACUGAUUCUUAUGAAGAUAGAGUAGAAUAUCAGAGGAAUUUUGAAGUGUAUCAAAUUUUAAAAGAAAAAGAGGAAAAAAAAUAUGAGAAACAUUUAGAAAAAAUGAAAGAAAGAGUUUUUAAAUCAAUUGAAAACUUGCCGGAAGAAUUAUAUGACGAAAGUAUUAAAAGCGGAGACUUACUAGACAAUAAAGAAAUUCAGUUUGGUUUAAAAUAUGAAAAUGCUUUAGUAAAAAAUAUGAAUAGCUACAAAAAAAAGUUAUUACAUGUUUAUAAAAUUUUACUUUACUUAAGAUAUCCUUUUUAUUUAAUUAAAAGAAAAAAUCCAUUAUUGUUUUAUAUAAGUGAAAGUAAGGCAAUAAGUAGACAAAAACAAAUUAAUUCUCAAAAGAAAAAAUUGAAAAAAAAAUAA